GUGGAGUCGCCACGGUUGGAAAGAAACCCAAGUCAUAGUUGAGGUUGACACUUGACACCCAUGUGUUGUGUUUACUUGUAUCAUACAACUUAAAUAGGACCCUCAACUUCUAUUCGACAUCCGCUUCGUCGACUUGUCGUCGUUACUUGCACCGUACAACUUACUAAUGCAUUACUAAGGUCAUAUAAGGAUUCAAACUAACUCUCACUUAACUGCUUCAGAAAAUCUCAUUUUCCUUCCAAAUACUUAACAAGCCAACAGAAAUGAUCAACUUUGGUGACUUGUAUAGCGUGCUUACCGCGGUUGUGCCUCUUUACGUUACCAUGUUCUUGGCUUACGCCUCGGUAAAAUGGAACAUUUUCUCACCACAACAGUGUGCAGGUAUCAACAGAUUCGUAGCCAUUUUCGCCGUCCCUCUAUUGUCAUUUGAGUUCAUUUCAAGGAUCAAUCCUUACAAAAUGAACCUCAAGUUCAUCGCAGCCGAUGGUGUGUCAAAGAUUUUGACACUAAUCGUCUUGUUUUUAUGGACAAAUUUGUCAAAAAGCGGAAACAUAGAUUGGGCUAUUACCAUGUUUUCACUUUCGACACUCCCAAACACACUUGUUAUGGGAAUCCCACUUUUGAAAUCAAUGUACGGUGAUGAUAAAGAGUCGAUCAUGGUACAAGCGGUUGUGUUGCAGUGUAUAAUUUGGUACACGUUGCUUUUGUUCUUGUUUGAAUAUAGGGAGGCUAAGAAUAUGGUAAUGGUGACAUAUGAAAAAGAUAGCACCAAUUGUAGUGUUAAUAGUGGUAGGGAGUUUCAAGAAAGAGUUGAGAGAAGUAGUUGUAGUGAAGAUGAUAUCGUUGAUGUGAUUCUUUCAACGCCUUCUAAUCCGCAUAUGCUUCAAAGUCUUAAUAGGGUAGCACCUGCGGCUUCAAGCGCAGUAGAAGAUGAGAAACGAGAGUUGCAUUUGUUCAUUUGGAGAUGCAAGUGUUGCACAUCUCCAGGAGUAUGUGAACAGUCGGUAGAAGUAUGCAGCAGGGAGAACGAGAAAGUCGAGAGUAAUGAAGAGCCGAACGUCAUUCAGUCUCCAGGAUCACCGGAAAUGUUAAAGAAAAUCUUGAAAAUGGUGUGUUUUAAGCUAGUGAAAAACCCGAAUACAUAUGCAAGCGUAUUUGGUUUAAGCUGGGCUUUGACUUCUUGCAGAUGGGGUAUCAAGAAACCACAGAUUCUUGAAAAUUCAGUUACUAUUCUCUCAGAUGCAGGCCUAGGAAUGGCUAUGUUUAGUCUAGGUUUGUUCAUGGCUUCACAACCGAAGCUUAUAGCAUGUGGGAACAGAUUAGCAGCAUAUGGUAUGGUAGCAAGGUUUGUAGCGGGACCCGCUGUGAUGGCGGUUGCUUCUAUAGCUGUAGGUCUAAGAGGCACAAUCCUACAAGUUUCUAUCGUGCAAGCGUCAUUACCACAAGGGAUUGUGCCUUUUGUGUUUGCUCGGGAGUACAACUUGCAUCCAGAUGUUCUGAGCACCGCGGUGAUAUUCGGAAUGAUCAUAUCUUUGCCUAUCACAAUGUUGUAUUACAUCUUACUAGGUCUCUAAAUGAAGCAAAUGACCUUGGGAAAUCAUAAAGAAGACUUGAUCGAUAAGUGUUCAUCAGUUCAUAUAUAAUUAUAUAUAUAUAGAGAUCAAGAUAAAGGCAUACGAUAGCUACAUAUGUCAAAACAAAGUUAUUUAAGUAAGAUUUUGAGUAGCACAAUGGUUAGUGUCAAAUGUAAUUGUUCUACAUUAUACUUACAUAAACUCUUACUCCAACAUAGCUAUGUAUUAUUCGGUCUUCAUAUUUACGCUCUUUGGCAUUUGGCAA